UUCUCUCUCUACUGACUCACUCUGCGCAUUUUCUCGUAAAACCCAAUCAGACAAAAAAAACCCUAAUUGCCUCUUUGUUAGGAAACACACUGUCCCACCACCCUAAACUCACUCACAGAAACCCUCACUUUCAGUUUUGCGAUGAUGGAACGUGUGGUAUUAGAUGCUGGAGGUUGAAGCUGGUGUGUUUUUCGUGGGGAAAAUUUGAAAUAAAUAGUUUGUGAUAAAGCAACAAGAUGCACGCCAAAGGUUCUAAUAUCGGAAAAACCUGCAUAGAGUUACCAGGAAAUUCUGCAUCAUUUGGUCCAAAUCUUCCUCUGCAGGCAGGUUUUGAUUUAAGCAAUCAAUAUAAUGCAAGGAAUCAAGUAGGGAUCUUUCCAGACUGGCGUAAGAAUACUGCAAUCAGUCACGGCCGAAAUUUGAUUAGAAAUAAAAUUUCUGCAUUUUUCAGGUGCCGACUCCAAUAUGACAAAGAACGGGCUUCAGUUAUAACAAAUAUUCUGGAAAACGAGUUAUUUAUUAAUGCUUCUUCACAGGAGGAGUACAUGAACCAGAAUACGUUGAUACAUCGAUUGAAUACUGUACUGAAAAAGUUGACAGGAACAAAGUGCAGCCAAAAUGCUGAUAGUUCUAUUACUUGUACAUCUAAGACAGUGCCCUCUUCAGAUUUAUCACAACCUGCUUUUCAGAAAGUGUUCAACAAUCAAUCAUCUGAUAAGUGUUCAUCAAUCACUACAUGCACCGAUGUGGAUGUGCUUUCUAACUUUUCUGUUUCUGCUGCGAAUAUUAAUCUGGAAACUAGGUCCAAAUCAAUUGAUAGUCAUUUUCCUCAGCAACAUCCAAACAAUUGGGAGGUUGAUCCAAUGAAGCAUGUAGAUUGUUCAAUGGCUAUGAUUACUACAAAGGGAAAGUCCCUCCAAUCUGAAUGUUCAAAUUCUCUGAGCCUUCCACAUGUCUCAAGAGAAUUUUCAAGAGUUUCCAAUCUUUUUCCUGGCUCAAGCAGCUUUGGAGAUAUAAGGCAACAUCAACACCAGAAGCCAGAUUUUCAACAGAAUCUCAAACAUUUUAGGCAGUCACAUGUUCUUCAUGAUAAAACUUCUAUUGUUCAGCCUAAUUCUUGCUUUGUCAGUCAAGGUGAACAUCUCCGUCAAAUAUUGGGUCAGAAAACAUUGAAACAGCCGGAGCAUUUAAGUCCCGAUGCGGAUAAACAGUUCACUUCAGGAAGCUCAGCAGCAAAUCUUUUUGGUUUAGAUGGAUCUGCUAAUAUGAAUAUCGAUAGUAAUUUUGAACUAACAGAUAUACAAAGGAUCGUGCUUCAAUAUCUUUUCUACAAAAAAGCAAGCGAUUUUUCACUGGAUCUUGCUAUGAAACAUCUGCAUUCAAAAGCUUGUGGUGAAGGGAUAUGUAAUUGUGGAAAGUAUAGCAUGCUGUUAUUGCAUUUUGAUGCCUGUCAAGAUGGUAAUUGUCAAACAUGUUCCUCCUGGAAAUUGCUAGGCACUUAUACUCGUGAGCGUUAUUUGAAAUCGAAUAGCCUUAAUAAGAGUUCUGUUGUAAGAAAAAAUAAUGCCUCUUACGAUAGUUCUGAACACAUGGUAUCACCUGCUGUCAAAAGAAGAAAAAUGAAAUCUGCCUUUGGUGAUCCUUUAAUUAAUAAUGCAAGUUUGGAUUGGUGGACUCACAAAAUGGUUCAAUUGCAGCAACAGCCAGAAUCUUCGCUCCCACCUAUCUAUUCUAAAGUUUCAGGGUGCAAUUCCGAACAACUUACAAAUCCAAUGCUUGAUUCAAUAAUCAAUAAUGAGAUAAAGAGCAAUCGUGAUACAUUUGAGAAUAUUUUAAAGAAUAAAGAAAAUCUCUUAAAAGAUUUAGAUGCUGCUGAUCACAUACCAGAGGAAUCAGACCCCAAAAGCAAUGAUGUCAAAGUCAAUGGCAACAUAGGGAAAAGUGUGGUUAAACCUUCCAUUACUAUACCUCGUUCCAUUGUGCACACUUUCGGAGAACUUAUGUCUACUCAUACAGAAGAACUAAAUUCCAAAAUCGUGAAAGUCAGCAACAACUUGGAUGGAACCGUCACCAGAUCUAAUUCCAUUGUGCAUGAUCUCUGCAGUGAACCUAUGCCUGCUGAUAUAGAGGAAACAGUCCGCAACAGCGAUCAUGUGAAAGACAUCAGCAACUCAGAAGAAGCUGUUAUUAGAUCGAAUUCCAACAUUCAUACUCUCUACAACGAACUUAUGUCUGCUGAUAUAAACAACGUCAGAAUCUCAGAGGAAACUAUCGUUGGAUCUAAUUCCAAUGUGCAUAUUCUCUGCACAGAACCUAUGCCAGCAGAUGUAGAGAGCAUACAAGGUGGAACUGGGUUGACUCAGGAUGGGAUAAAUGAUACAAAGAAAGCCAUGGAGUCAAAAGCUGAUCAAGAGAAGGAAACGGAAUCCUCAAAUGCAACGGUUAAUACUGUUUCCUUAACUGAUUUUUUCACAUGUAAUCAAAUAACUGAACACAUUGCAAGUCUGAGAAAGCAAUUUAAUCAGAGUACAACGGUUGAAGAACCGGCAGUUGAUGGUUUUGAAUGCCAGUUAUGUGAAAUGGGAACUCUUCAUUUUGCCCCCCUGCCAAUUUAUUGCUUUUGUUGCGGCAUCCGUAUAAAGCGAAACUCAUACUAUUACUAUAGAAGAGAAGAAGAUGAUACACAACCUUGCUUUUGCACUGUGUGUUAUAGGAAUUCUCGAGGGGGUAACAUCACAUUCAAUGGGACAUCUGUUUCCAAGACAGAUCUUGAUAAAAAGACAAACAAUGGAGAAUUUGAAGAAGCAUGGGUUGAAUGCAGUAAAUGCAAAAGUUGGCAGCAUCAAAUAUGUGCACUCUAUAACGAUAAAAGAGAUUUGGACAACAGUGCUGAGUAUACGUGUCCUAUAUGUCGCUUAAAGGAAAUUGAAAAUGGAAUGCAUGUACCCUUACCAAAGAAUGCUAUGUUUGGUGCUAAGGACUUGCCAAGCACCAUGCUAAGUGACCAUAUAGAGAGGCGACUUUUUAAGCGUCUCAUGCAAGAGAGUGAAGAUUGGGCAAAAGUCGAAGGGAAUAAGAAUCUUGAUGAAGUUUUAUUAGCAGAAAAUCUUUCUGUUAGAGUAGUGUUAUCUGUCGAGAAACAAUUGAAAGUGAAGAAACAGUUUCUAGAGAUAUUUGCGGAGGAGAAUUACCCAGCCGAGUUUCCUUAUACAUCAAAAGUUAUUCUUCUGUUUCAGCAGAUUGAAGGUGUAGAUGUAUGCCUUUUCGCAAUGUAUGUCCAGGAGUUUGGAUCCGAAUGUGGCAAUCCAAAUAAGCGUAGUGUGUAUAUUUCAUAUCUUGAUUCUGUCAAGUAUUUUCGGCCCCAAAGAGCGACCAUGAAUGGAGAAGCUCUUCGUACCUUCGUUUACCAUGAGAUAUUGAUUGGAUAUCUAGACUUUUGCAAGAAACGUGGUUUCACAACUUGCUAUAUAUGGGCCUGUCCACCUAUAAAGGGGGAAGAUUACAUACUAUAUUGUCAUCCUGACACUCAAAAAACACCGAAGAAUGAUAAACUUCGACACUGGUAUCUUUCAAUGCUAAGAAAGGCUGCCCAAGAAAAUAUCGUUGUUGGUUUAACCAACAUAUACGAUAAUUUCUUUGUUUCUAGUGGAAACUGGGACUCCAAGGUAACAGCUGCUCGUUUGCCUUACUUUGAUGGAGACUUCUGGUCUGGUACUGCUAUGGACAAAGUCAGGAUCAUUGAGCAAGAGAGUGGAGGAGACUAUGAAAAGAUGUUGAAACUAGUACCAAAAAGAACUUUAAAGGCUAUGGGACAUGUAGAUCCUUCAAAAGGAACCGCCAAAGACAUUCUAGUGAUGCAAAAACUGGGACAAGCCAUACUACCAUUCAAGGAAGAUUUUAUCAUAGUUCAAUUACGGUAUGUUUGCACGCACUGCAAUGAAGUGAUAGUGUCUGGAAAGCGAUGGUUUUGCACUGCCAUUGAAUGCAAGAAAUUUCAGGAGUGUGAAAGAUGCCAUACUUCUGAUUCACACGCCUCUGUCAAUGGCGAUAAGCAUAGACUUUGUCAGGACCUCAUGGAUGAUGAUAUCCUUUGUGAUACUAAGGAGAAUGAUGUGACCCUUGAUAAUGAGUUCUUUGAUACUAGGCAUAACUUUUUGAGCUUUUGCCAAAAGAAUAGCUUUCAGUUUGACUCGCUGCGCCGAGCCAAGUAUUCCUCAAUGAUGAUCCUCUAUUUUCUAAAGAAUCCUUCUUUGCUGAAUGUUGGAACAAUAUGUCGUGUUUGCAAUAAACAAAACGUUUACCAGUACCACUGGAAAUGUCAGAGUUGCCCAGAGUUCAUUGUCUGCGCUGCAUGCUAUGAAAAGAGAGGUGCUAAUUGCCAUGCACACACGUUGAUUCAAACUUAUUCAACAGUUCUAAGUCCUUCAGGGAAUCAAGAGUUAAAUCCGAAAGCGGCACUGAUACAGGAACUGCAAGAUGUUGUAAAGCAUGCAUCGCAGUGUCGCUCAACCAAAACUCAACCAUGCACAUAUCUACACUGUCUUCAAAUUAAAAAACUGUUCUCUCAUGCAAGUAGGUGCACCAUCCGAAUUUCUGGCGGAUGUAGAUACUGCAAGAAGGUUUGGGUGGCACUAGCUGUACACUCAAGGAGUUGUAGGGACUCAGGAUGUUGCAUCCCUCGUUGCAGGGAUCUGAAGAAGCAAGCAGAAUGGAUAGCAACGCAAUCUGAAUCGCGACGUAGAGCUGCAGUUUUGGAAGGCAACAGCGAACUACUCUCUCCUCGUUGAAACCUUUGAAAAGGAUUAUUAUCAAACUUGAAAAGUUUAAGGAGUUGUACAUAAUUUUUAUUGAAAUGCACUUCUAAGCUUUAAGAAAUUGUACAUAAUUUUAAUUUACAGAAAGACACUUAAUCGAACAAAAGUAGUUCAAUCAUAUAAUUUAAUUUUUACCAUGUAGUGCCUUGACUUGUCUGACAUGAAUAU